AUGAGUUUCUCUGGAAAAUAUGAGGUGGAAAGCCAGGAGAACUAUGAAGCCUUCAUGCAGUUGAUUGGAAUUCCAGCAGAAACAAUUCAGAAAGGAAAAGAUUUCAAAUUCACCACAGAAGUAGCGCAGAAUGGUGAUGACUUUACCUGGUCCCAGAUCUACCCAGGCCACACCAUGACCAACAAGUUCACCAUUGGGAAGGAGUCUGAAAUGGAGACCAUGAGCGGCAAAAAAUUUAAAGCAACAGUCCAAUGGGAUGGCAGCAAAAUUGUUGUAGACUUUGGAAAAUACAAACAUUCAUCUGAGAUUGUCGGGGGAAAACUGGUGGAGAUAUCAGAAGCUGGUGGAGUUACUUUCAAGAGAAUCAGCAAACGACUUUCAUAA